AUGGAGCACAACUCAGAAAGGAUAGAGGGGAGCUGGAACAUCCAUUACACACCAAGAGCAACGACGAGAUAUCCUGAACCACAAAAUAAGAACGUGCCUGCAGAAGAAACUGCAGAUGAUUACCCAAACAAGACCCAAGAAGGAGAGUGCGUUAUUAUGGAUGCUCCAGCGGAAUUACCAGACGAAGCAUCAAGACCCAUCUAUGACAAAGCCCCGAUGAAAGCCGAUGCCGGGAUGCUAAAUCAAGAGGAUAGUGACAUGAUGACAAAACAAACGAACGGGACAUUAGAACUCGCCAACGAGAUAACAACUGCGCAAAAGGACACGGACAAAUACCUAGGAGAAACAACGGAGUAUUUCAAUGAUGACAAAGCCGUAUCAAAUCAAGGUGGUAUGGGAAAAGAUGACGUAAACAAGAUAGUAAGCCAACUAGAAGAAACUGACAAAAUAGUUAUACAGGACCCAAGGGGGAAGAAAAACCAAAGGACAAUAAGAAACCAACCUAUAGAAUGUUACGAAGGAAGAGAAAUGCGACCAAAAGACGAGCCGCGACAACAUAUCAAUAAAAAAGCCCAAAAUGGAAGUGACAGAUACUUAGAAAAGGAGAUCCCAUUCGUGUACGAUAACCCGCCCAAUGAACCCUACAGCACAAGAAAACGAUUGUCCAUCACGAAUGAUCUCGACUUCGGAGAAGGAUAUGAACUCACAUGUGGGAACUUGAUAGGCAUAAGCAUGAAAGAGGAAGAAUCAGCACAAAUAACGAGCGAUAGGAAGAACGACAAGAGCAUAAGCUGUAGCAACACUCCUUUAGAAGCCUCGAACCCAUAG